AUGGCGCCAAAGAGAGGGAGAAAUCGGUCUCCGUCUCCAGACCCGGACGGGAUGUUCGCCGGAAUGGUAUUUUUUAUGGUGGAAAUCGGAGUCCAGCGUCGUCGAUUAGAGAUCUGGAAGCAGAAGCUUGUUCAAAUGGGAGCAGUGAUCGUGGAAGAUCGAUUAACUAAGAAAGUGACUCAUGUUCUUGCCAUGAAUCCCGAAGCUCUUCUCGACAAAUUUGGGAAACAACUUCUCUCGAAUUUUAGAGGAAGCUUUCUGCUUUACCAGUGGUUAGAAGAUAGUCUAACUACAGGAGAGAAGGCUAAUGAAGACUUGUAUGUUAUCAGAAUUGACUCAGAAGAAAUUGAAGAGCCCAACAAGUCUUUAAAUGGUAGUGAGGAUCAACCGUCAACUCCAAAACGAACUAGAAAUCCCCCUGAUGCUGGUGAUAUUGUAGCCUUUGAAAGCCAAACCAAUACAAAAGGAUCGAUGGAUUCACCUACAAGUUGCAGUGUUCCCUCUACUAGUGCCAGUCCUGGUGAAGGCAUUUCAGAGACUCCCACUAGUCCACAAUCAGAGUCCACAUCGGUGUACAAACCACCCGAUCUGAACAGAAACAUCACAGAGAUAUUUGGAAAGCUAAUAAACAUAUAUAGAGCUUUGGGUGAUGAUAGGCGGUCCUUUAGCUAUUACAAAGCUAUUCCGGUCAUUGAAAAGUUCCCCUCUAGGAUUGAAAGUGUUGAUCAGCUCAAACACCUCCCUGGAAUUGGAAAGUCAUUGACAGAUCAUAUUCAAGAGAUCGUGACAACAGGCAAGUUAUCCAAGUUGGAACACUUUGAAACAGAUGAGAAGGUACGUACUAUCAGUUUGUUUGGGGAAGUUUGGGGUAUUGGUCCUGCAACUGCACUCAAGCUAUAUGAGAAAGGACAUCGUACACUAGAAGACUUGAAGAAUGAAGAUUCACUAACGCAUUCACAGAGGUUGGGCUUGAAAUAUUUUGAUGAUAUUAGAACAAGGAUUCCACGUCAGGAGGUGCAAGAGAUGGAACAACUACUACAGAAAGUUGGCGAGGAAAUUUUGCCUGGUGUGGAUAUUGUAUGUGGAGGAUCAUAUAGACGUGGGAAGGCUACUUGUGGAGAUCUAGAUAUCGUUAUCACACAUCCUGAUGGACAAAGUCACAAGGGCUUCUUGACAAAGUUUGUAAAGCGUUUGAAGGAAAUAAACUUUCUUAGAGAAGAUCUCAUCUUCAGCACCCACAGUGAAGAGGGUACUGAUUCAGGCGUUGACACGUAUUUUGGUCUGUGUACUUAUCCUGGUCAGGAGCUACGACGUCGUAUCGAUUUCAAGGUUUAUCCAAGGGAUAUAUAUGCAUUUGGACUCAUAGCAUGGACUGGGAACGAUGUUUUGAACAGAAGGCUGAGAUUGUUAGCCGAAUCCAAAGGAUAUCGACUCGACGACACUGGACUAUUCCCUGCCACUCAUAGCUCUAGUGGUAAUCGGGGUGCUAGAGCAAGUGCAAGUCUGAAACUCUCAACGGAGAAACAAGUUUUCGAAUUCUUAGGGUUUCCUUGCCUCGAGCCACACGAGAGGAAUCUCUAA